AUGCAUUCAAAAGAUCCCAUUACUAAAGCCUGCGAAGAAGGAAAUCUCGAACUUUUUAAAUCACUAUUAGAGCAUGAAAGCUAUGAAGAAAUAAAAUCUUUAGAUAGUCUACUUAAAAUUGCUUCAGAAAAUGGUCAUGUUGAAUUUGUUAAUUAUCUUAUCUGUAAUGGGGCUGAUAAAGAAGCAAACUCGUAUGAUGGAACUCCGCUCAUUUAUGCAUCAAGAAACGGCCAUCUUGAAGUUGUUGAAUAUCUCAUAUCUGUUGGUGCUGAUAAAGAAGCAAAGGAUAAUGGCGGAUCUACUCCACUCGCUUGUGCAUCAGAAAGCGGUCAUCUUGAAGUUGUAAAAUAUCUUAUCUCUGUUGGAGCUGAUAAAGAAGCAAAGGAUAAAAAACAUAGAUCUACUCCACUCGUUUUGGCAUCAGAAAAUGGUCAUUUUGAAGUUGUAAAAUAUCUUAUCUCUGUUGGAGCUGAUAAAGAAGCGCAUGGUUAUGAUGGAUCUACUCCACUCAUUUGGGCAUCAAGAGCUGGCAAUCUCGAAACUGUUAAAUAUCUUAUCUCUGUUGGAGCUAAUAAAGAAGCAAAAGAUAAAGAAGGAAAUUUUCCACUUAUUGUGGCAUGUCAGUAUGAUAAAUAUGAAGUUGUUAAAUAUCUUAUCUCUGUUGGAGCUAAUAUGGAAGCAAUAGAUAAGAAUGGAUGGACGCCACUCAUUUGGGUAUCAAGAAAUGGUCAACUUGAAAUUGUUGAAUAUCUUCUCUCUGUUGGAGCUAAUAUAAAAGCAAAGGAUAAAAAUGGUUGGACUUCUCUAAUUUAUGCAUCAUGGAAUGGAAAACUUGAAGUUGUUAAAUAUCUUAUCUCUGUUGGAGCUGAUAAGGAAGCAAAGAAUUAUGACGGAAAAUCUGCCCUCGAUGUUGCUUCAGGCUCUGUGAGAAAAUAUUUAUCAUCAAUUUGA